AGUUGAAUAUAUAUAUAUAUAUAUAUAUAUAUAUAUAUAUAGUGUGUGUGUGAGAGAGAGAGUGGUAGAGAAGAAGAGAAAGGUGAAGAGAGAAUGAGUGGUGGAGGUGUUGAAGAAGGAAACGACUUGGAGUUCACUCCUACGUGGGUUGUUGCUGUUGUUUGCUCUGUCAUCGUUGCUGUUUCCUUUGCUGCUGAACGUUUUCUUCAUUAUGGAGGCAAGUUUCUCAAGAAGAAGAAUCAGAAACCACUCUAUGAAGCUCUGCAGAAAAUCAAAGAAGAGUUGAUGCUGUUGGGUUUUAUUUCUCUGCUUCUGACGGUGACGCAAAACGGGAUAAUCAAAAUCUGUGUUCCGGUGGGUUGGACUCACCAUAUGCUUCCAUGUAGCCUCAAGGAUAAAGAAAAUGAAGAAUCAAAAACACCCACAUCACAUUUUCAGAAUUCUUUCUCUGGCACUGUUAGGCACCUUUUAGCUGAGAGUGAAAAUCACCAGCCGGCAACAGAGGCAAAAACUGGACACUGUGCUGCCAAGGGCAAGGUUCCUCUAUUAUCCGUGGAAGCACUCCAUCAUUUACACAUCUUUAUUUUUGUCCUAGCUAUAGUCCAUGUGACCUUUUGUGUUCUGACUGUUUUCUUUGGAGGGUUAAAAAUACGUCAGUGGAAACACUGGGAAAACUCUAUUGGUGAUGAAAACUAUGAAGGACAGCCAGCUAUGGAACCAACGGUGACUCAUGUUCACCAGCACGCUUUUAUCAGGGAUCGUUUCACUGGUUUUGGCAAAGAUUCUACUGUGCUGGGCUGGGUGAAAUCUUUCUUCAAGCAAUUUUAUGGAUCUGUGACAAAAUUAGAUUAUGUGACAUUAAGGCUUGGUUUCAUUAUGACCCAUUGCAGAGGAAAUCCAAAGUUUAAUUUUCACAAGUACAUGAUUCGGGCCCUUGAAGAUGAUUUCAAGAAAGUUGUUGGUAUAAGUUGGUAUCUUUGGAUCUUUGUGGUCAUCUUCAUGCUGCUUAAUAUCAAUGGUUGGCACACAUAUUUCUGGAUUGCUUUCAUUCCUGUCAUUCUUCUACUUGCUGUGGGAACUAAGCUGGAGCAUGUGAUAAUUCAAUUAGCUCAUGAAGUAGCUGAAAAGCAUUCUGCUAUAGAAGGUGAAUUAGUUGUUCAACCAAAAGAUGAUCUUUUUUGGUUUCAUCGGCCCCACAUUGUCCUCUUCUUGAUCCACUUCAUCCUUUUCCAAAAUGCUUUUGAGAUAGCAUUUUUCUUUUGGAUAUGGGUUACGUAUGGCUUUGACUCUUGUAUAAUGGGAAAAGUCCGUUACAUUGUGCCAAGGCUCGUUAUUGGGGUAUUUAUACAGAUACUAUGCAGCUACAGUACCCUACCAUUGUAUGCAAUCGUUACGCAGAUGGGAACACACUUUAAGAAAGCGAUAUUUGAUGAGCAAGUGCAAGCAAGAAUUGUUGGUUGGGCACAAAAGGCAAAGAAAAAGGGAUUAAGAGGUGAAUCUGUUCAAGGAAGUUCUCAUGCAAAUGUUGGAAUUCAGCUAGGAACAAUGUUCAGGAGGGUUUCUGGCCCAGAAGACAAUGUUAUUGUCCCUAAAAAUGAUGGCUCUGAAUGAGUGUGAAUGGUGGCUAAGAUCAACACAAUAGGCAAACUGUGUUUUACAACCAUUAUAUUAUAUAUAUUUGUAAAUGUUAAUUUCCUUAGUAUCAAAUGAGAAUAAGUAAUGUUAUUCUCACAUUUUUCUUUACUUUAUUUAUUUUUAUUUCUCUUUGUUGUGCCACCUAUUUUAUCUUAUAUCUUUUUUAUCUCUUUUAUUGUAAGAAAUAUUAUAAAAAAGAUAUUGUCACUGUCAGAAUAGCAUUAUUAUAAGCAAUUAAUCACAAAGUUUUUGGUAGUGGG